AUGGAUGUGAAAGAACGUAGGCCUUCCUGCUCCCUGACCAGGAACAGACGCGAGAAAGAGCGACGCUGUACUAAUUCCUCAGCAGACGAUGAGGAGUGCAGGGUUCCUACACAGAAGUCUUACAGUUCCACUGAAACCCUGAAGGCUUUUGAUCACGAUUCCUCGCGGCUGCUCUAUGGAAACAGAGUAAAGGAUUUGGUUCACAGAGAAGCAGAUGAGUUCACCAGACGAGGACAGAAUUUCACCCUAAGGCAGUUAGGCGUUUGUGAACCGGAAGCUCGAAGAGGACUGGCGCUUUGUGCGGAAAUGGGGCUCCCUCACAGAGGUUACUCUAUCAGUGCAGGGUCAGACGCUGACACUGAGAAUGAAGCAGUGAUGUCCCCAGAGCAUGCCAUGAGACUGUGGGGCAGGGGGGUCAAGUCAGGCCGCAGCUCCUGCCUGUCAAGCCGCUCCAACUCAGCCCUCACCCUGACAGAUACAGAGCACGAGAACAAGUCGGACAGUGAAAAUGAGCAACCUGCAAACAACCAAGGCCAAUCCACCCUGCAGCCUCUGCCACCUUCCCAUAAGCAACACUCCGCACAGCAUCAUCCAUCCAUCACUUCUCUCAAUAGAAACUCCCUGACCAAUAGAAGGAACCAGAGUCCGGCCCCGCCGGCUGCUUUGCCCGCCGAGCUGCAAACCACACCCGAGUCCGUCCAGCUGCAGGACAGCUGGGUCCUUGGCAGUAAUGUACCACUGGAAAGCAGGCAUUUCCUAUUCAAAACAGGAACAGGGACAACGCCACUGUUCAGUACUGCAACCCCAGGAUACACAAUGGCAUCUGGCUCUGUUUACUCGCCACCUACUCGGCCACUACCUAGAAACACCCUAUCAAGAAGUGCUUUUAAAUUCAAGAAGUCUUCAAAGUACUGUAGCUGGAAAUGCACUGCCCUGUGUGCUGUAGGGGUCUCAGUGCUCCUGGCAAUACUUCUGUCGUAUUUUAUAGCAAUGCAUCUCUUUGGCCUCAACUGGCAGUUACAGCAGACUGAAAAUGACACAUUUGAGAAUGGAAAAGUGAAUUCUGAUACCAUGCCAACGAACACUGUAUCGUUACCUUCUGGUGACAAUGGAAAAUUGGGUGGAUUUGCACAAGAAAAUAACACCAUAGAUUCCGGAGAACUUGAUAUUGGCCGAAGAGCAAUUCAAGAGGUUCCUCCCGGGAUCUUCUGGAGAUCACAGCUCUUUAUUGAUCAGCCACAGUUUCUUAAAUUCAAUAUCUCUCUUCAGAAAGAUGCAUUGAUUGGAGUAUAUGGCCGAAAAGGCUUACCACCUUCCCAUACUCAGUACGACUUUGUGGAACUGCUGGAUGGCAGCAGGUUGAUUGCACGAGAGCAACGGAACCUGCUUGAGUCCGAGAGAGCUGGGCGACAGGCGAGGUCCGUCAGUCUCCACGAGGCCGGCUUUAUCCAGUACCUGGAUUCUGGCAUCUGGCAUCUGGCUUUUUAUAAUGAUGGGAAAAGUGCAGAGCAGGUGUCCUUCAAUACCAUUGUGAUAGAGUCCGUGGUGGAAUGUCCCCGCAAUUGCCAUGGAAAUGGAGAGUGUGUUUCUGGAACUUGCCAUUGUUUUCCAGGAUUUCUAGGUCCGGAUUGUUCAAGAGCAGCCUGUCCAGUGCUGUGUAGUGGCAACGGCCAGUACUCCAAGGGCCGCUGCCUCUGUUUCAGUGGCUGGAAGGGCACCGAGUGUGAUGUACCAAAUACGCAGUGUAUCGACCCGCAGUGCGGGGGUCGUGGGAUUUGUAUCGUGGGCUCUUGUGCUUGCAACUCCGGAUACAAAGGAGAGAACUGUGAAGAAGCUGAUUGUCUCGACCCUGGAUGUUCUAAUCAUGGUGUGUGUAUCCAUGGGGAAUGUCACUGCAGCCCAGGAUGGGGUGGUAACAAUUGUGAAAUACUCAAGACCAUGUGUCCAGACCAGUGCUCCGGUCACGGAACAUAUCUUCAGGAGAGUGGCUCCUGCGCUUGUGACCCUAAUUGGACUGGCCCAGACUGCUCAAAUGAGAUCUGUUCCGCGGACUGCGGCUCGCACGGCGUCUGCAUGGGGGGCGCCUGCCGCUGUGAAGAAGGCUGGACGGGCCCAGCGUGCAGUCAGAGAGCCUGCCACCCGCGCUGCGCCGAGCACGGCACCUGCAGGGACGGCAAGUGUGAAUGCAGCCAGGGCUGGAACGGCGAGCACUGCACCAUCGCUCACUAUUUGGAUAAGAUAGUUAAAGAGGGGUGCCCCGGUCUGUGCAACAGCAAUGGAAGAUGCACACUGGACCAAAACGGCUGGCAUUGUGUUUGCCAGCCAGGGUGGAGGGGGGCAGGAUGUGACGUGGCCAUGGAGACCCUCUGCACAGACAGCAAGGACAAUGAGGGAGAUGGACUCAUUGACUGCAUGGAUCCUGAUUGCUGUUUACAGAGUUCCUGCCAAAAUCAGCCCUACUGUCGCGGAUUGCCUGAUCCCCAGGAUAUCAUUAGCCAAAGCUUACAAUCACCAUCUCAGCAAGCUGCCAAACCCUUCUAUGACCGAAUCAGUUUUCUCAUAGGAUCUGAUAGCACCCAUGUCAUACCCGGAGACAGUCCUUUCAAUAAGAGCCUUGCAUCCGUCAUCAGAGGCCAAGUACUAACUGCUGAUGGAACGCCACUUAUUGGAGUGAAUGUCUCAUUUUUCCAUUACCCAGAAUAUGGAUAUACUAUUACCCGCCAGGAUGGAAUGUUUGACUUGGUGGCAAAUGGCGGGGCUUCUCUAACUUUGGUAUUUGAACGAUCCCCGUUCCUCACUCAGUAUCAUACUGUGUGGAUUCCAUGGAAUGUCUUUUAUGUGAUGGAUACCCUAGUCAUGAAGAAAGAGGAGAAUGACAUUCCCAGCUGUGAUCUAAGUGGCUUCGUGAGGCCGAAUCCUAUCAUUGUGUCGUCACCUUUAUCCACCUUUUUUAGAUCGUCUCCUGAAGACAGUCCCAUUAUUCCCGAGACACAGGUACUCCAUGAAGAAACCACAAUUCCAGGAACAGAUUUGAAACUUUCCUACCUGAGUUCCAGAGCUGCCGGAUAUAAAUCAGUACUUAAGAUCACCAUGACCCAGUCCGUUAUCCCAUUUAAUUUAAUGAAGGUUCAUCUGAUGGUAGCUGUAGUAGGAAGACUCUUUCAAAAGUGGUUUCCUGCCUCACCAAACUUGGCCUAUACUUUUAUAUGGGAUAAAACCGAUGCUUAUAAUCAAAAGGUCUAUGGUCUAUCUGAAGCUGUUGUGUCGGUUGGAUAUGAAUAUGAGUCGUGUUUGGACCUGACUUUGUGGGAGAAAAGGACUGCCGUAUUGCAAGGCUACGAAUUAGACGCUUCCAACAUGGGCGGUUGGACAUUAAAUAAACAUCAUGUGUUGGACGUUCAGAACGGUAUACUGUACAAGGGAAACGGGGAAAAUCAGUUUAUCUCCCAACAGCCUCCUGUCGUCAGCAGCGUCAUGGGCAACGGCCGGAGGCGCAGCAUCUCGUGCCCGAGCUGCAAUGGUCCAGCCGACGGCAAUAAACUCUUGGCCCCAGUGGCGUUAGCCUGUGGGAUCGACGGCAGUCUGUACGUGGGGGACUUCAACUACGUGCGCCGGAUGCUCCCCUCCGGGAACGUGACGAGCGUCUUGGAACUGAGAAAUAAAGAUUUUAGACAUAGCAGCAGCCCAGCUCAUAGAUACUACCUUGCAACUGAUCCAGUCUCAGGGGAUCUGUAUGUUUCUGACACGAACACUCGCAGGAUUUAUCGCCCGAAGUCACUUACGGGUGCAAAAGACUUGACUAAAAAUGCUGAAGUGGUUGCAGGGACAGGAGAACAGUGCCUUCCUUUUGAUGAAGCCAGAUGUGGGGAUGGAGGGAAGGCUGUGGAAGCCACACUCAUGAGUCCCAAAGGAAUGGCGAUCGAUAAAAAUGGACUAAUCUACUUUGUUGAUGGAACCAUGAUCAGGAAAGUUGAUCAGAAUGGAAUCAUAUCAACUCUCCUAGGCUCUAACGAUCUGACUUCAGCCAGACCUUUAACGUGUGACACGAGCAUGCACAUCAGCCAGGUACGUCUGGAAUGGCCCACUGACCUAGCCAUUAACCCUAUGGAUAACUCCAUUUAUGUCCUGGAUAAUAAUGUAGUUUUACAGAUCACUGAAAAUCGUCAAGUGCGCAUUGCUGCUGGGCGGCCCAUGCACUGCCAGGUGCCAGGAGUGGAAUAUUCUGUGGGCAAGCACGCAGUUCAGACGACCCUGGAGUCGGCUACUGCCAUUGCUGUGUCCUACAGCGGGGUCCUGUACAUCACGGAAACCGACGAAAAGAAAAUUAACCGGAUAAGGCAAGUCACCACAGACGGGGAGAUCUCCCUGGUCGCCGGGACACCGUCCGAGUGUGACUGCAAAAACGAUGCCAAUUGUGACUGCUACCAGAGCGGAGACGGCUACGCCAAAGACGCCAAGCUGAGCGCUCCGUCCUCCCUUGCCGCCUCCCCGGAUGGCACCCUGUACAUUGCAGACCUAGGAAACAUUCGGAUCCGGGCUGUGUCAAAGAACAAGCCUUUACUUAACUCCAUGAACUUCUAUGAAGUUGCCUCUCCAACUGAUCAAGAACUCUAUAUCUUUGACGUCAAUGGCACUCACCAGUAUACUGUGAGUUUAGUCACUGGCGAUUAUCUGUACAAUUUUAGCUACAGCAAUGACAAUGAUAUUACUGCUGUGACGGACAGUAACGGCAACACCCUUAGGAUCAGACGGGACCCAAAUCGGAUGCCAGUUCGAGUGGUGUCUCCUGAUAACCAAGUGAUAUGGUUGACCAUAGGAACCAAUGGAUGUUUGAAAAGCAUGACCGCUCAAGGGCUGGAAUUAGUUUUGUUCACUUACCAUGGCAACAGCGGCCUUUUAGCCACUAAAAGCGAUGAAACUGGAUGGACAACAUUUUUUGACUAUGACAGUGAAGGUCGUCUGACAAAUGUGACGUUUCCAACCGGAGUGGUCACAAACCUCCAUGGAGACAUGGACAAGGCUAUCACAGUGGACAUUGAGUCAUCCAGCCGAGAAGAGGAUGUCAGCAUCACUUCAAACCUGUCCUCCAUCGACUCAUUCUACACCAUGGUUCAAGAUCAGUUGAGAAACAGCUACCAGGUUGGUUAUGACGGCUCCCUUCGAAUCCUCUAUGCCAGUGGCCUGGAUUCGCACUACCAGACAGAGCCGCACGUUCUGGCCGGCACGGCUAACCCAACAGUUGCCAAGAGAAACAUGACUCUUCCUGGUGAAAACGGUCAGAAUUUGGUGGAAUGGAGAUUCCGAAAAGAGCAGGCCCAAGGCAAAGUCAAUGUCUUUGGUCGAAAGCUCAGGGUUAAUGGCAGAAACCUCCUUUCAGUUGACUUUGAUCGAACAACAAAGACAGAAAAGAUCUAUGAUGACCACCGUAAAUUUCUCCUGAGGAUCGCCUACGACACAUCAGGGCACCCGACUCUCUGGCUGCCAAGCAGCAAGCUGAUGGCCGUCAAUGUCACCUAUUCAUCCACGGGUCAAAUUGCCAGCAUCCAGCGAGGAACUACAAGCGAGAAAGUAGAUUAUGACGGACAGGGGAGGAUCGUUUCCCGGGUUUUUGCUGACGGUAAAACGUGGAGUUACACGUACUUGGAAAAGUCCAUGGUGCUUCUCCUCCAUAGCCAGCGGCAGUACAUCUUCGAGUACGAUAUGUGGGACCAGCUGUCGGCCGUCACCAUGCCCAGCGUGGCUCGCCACACAAUGCAGACCAUCCGCUCCAUCGGCUAUUACCGUAACAUAUACAACCCCCCGGAGAGCAAUGCCUCUGUCAUCACGGACUACAACGAGGGGGGGCUGCUUCUCCAGACGGCUUUCCUGGGUACCAGUCGGAGGGUCUUAUUCAAGUACAGGAGGCAGACCAGGCUCUCAGAAAUCUUAUACGACAGCACGAGAGUCAGUUUUACCUACGAUGAAACGGCCGGCGUCCUCAAAACGGUAAACCUCCAGAGUGAUGGUUUUAUUUGCACCAUCAGGUACAGGCAAAUUGGACCUCUCAUUGACAGACAGAUUUUCCGCUUUAGUGAAGAUGGGAUGGUGAACGCGAGAUUCGACUACAGCUAUGACAACAGCUUUCGGGUGACCAGCAUGCAGGGUGUCAUCAAUGAAACUCCGCUGCCCAUUGACCUCUAUCAGUUCGAUGACAUUUCUGGAAAAGUGGAGCAGUUUGGAAAAUUUGGAGUUAUAUAUUAUGAUAUUAACCAGAUCAUUUCCACAGCUGUAAUGACUUACACGAAGCACUUCGAUGCCCACGGCCGCAUCAAAGAAAUUCAGUAUGAGAUCUUCAGGUCACUCAUGUACUGGAUUACAAUUCAGUAUGAUAACAUGGGUCGGGUAACCAAGAGAGAGAUUAAAAUAGGGCCCUUCGCCAACACUACCAAAUAUGCUUAUGAGUACGAUGUUGACGGACAGCUCCAGACAGUUUACCUAAAUGAAAAAAUCAUGUGGCGUUACAACUACGACCUGAACGGAAACCUCCACUUACUGAACCCAAGUAACAGCGCACGUUUGACCCCUCUUCGCUAUGACCUGCGAGACAGGAUCACCCGACUGGGUGACGUUCAGUACCGCUUGGAUGAAGAUGGUUUCCUGCGUCAAAGAGGCACAGAGAUCUUUGAGUACAGCUCCAAGGGACUUCUGACCCGAGUGUACAGUAAAGGCAGUGGCUGGACAGUGAUCUAUCGUUACGAUGGCCUGGGCAGGCGUGUGUCUAGCAAGACCAGUCUGGGCCAGCACCUGCAGUUUUUUUAUGCGGACCUCACUUAUCCCACCAGGAUUACUCACGUCUACAACCAUUCGAGUUCAGAGAUCACCUCCCUCUAUUACGAUCUCCAAGGACAUCUCUUUGCCAUGGAAAUCAGCAGCGGGGAUGAAUUCUACAUCGCGUCAGACAACACAGGGACACCACUGGCUGUUUUCAGCAGCAACGGGCUUAUGCUCAAACAGAUUCAGUACACCGCAUACGGCGAAAUCUACUUUGACUCCAACAUUGACUUUCAGCUGGUAAUUGGAUUUCAUGGUGGCUUGUAUGACCCACUCACAAAAUUAAUCCACUUUGGAGAAAGGGAUUAUGACAUUUUGGCAGGACGAUGGACAACGCCUGACAUAGAAAUCUGGAAAAGAAUUGGGAAGGACCCAGCUCCCUUUAACCUGUAUAUGUUUAGGAAUAACAACCCUGCAAGCAAAAUCCAUGAUGUGAAAGACUACAUCACAGAUGUUAACAGCUGGCUGGUGACAUUUGGCUUCCAUCUGCACAAUGCUAUUCCUGGGUUCCCUGUCCCCAAAUUCGAUUUAACAGAGCCUUCUUACGAACUGGUGAAGAGUCAGCAGUGGGAUGAUGUACCGGCCACGUUUGGAGUCCAGCAGCAGGUGGCGAGGCAGGCCAAGGCCUUCCUGUCCCUGGGGAGGAUGGCCGAGGUGCGGGGCAGCGGGCGCCGGGGCGGCGGCGCGCCGUCGUGGCUGUGGUUCGCGACGGUCAAGUCGCUGAUCGGCAAGGGCGUCAUGCUGGCCGUGAGCCGGGGCCGCGUGCAGACCAACGCGCUCAACAUCGCCGACGAGGACUGCAUCAAGGUGGCGGCCGUGCUCAACAGCGCCUUGUACCUGGAGGACCUGCACUUCACCGUCGAGGGCCGGGACACGCACCACUUCAUCAAGACCAGCACGCCCGAGGGCGACCUGGGCACGCUGCGCCUGACGAGCGGCCGCCGGGCGCUGGAGAACGGCAUCAACGUGACCGUGUCGCAGUCCACCACCGUGGUCAACGGCAGGACUCGCAGGUUCGCGGACGUGGAGCUGCAGUUCGGCGCGCUGGCGCUGCACGUGCGCUACGGCACCACGCUGGACGAGGAGAAGGCGCGCGUGCUCGAGCAGGCGCGGCAGCGCGCGCUCGCCCGGGCCUGGGCGCGCGAGCAGCAGCGCGUGCGCGACGGCGAGGAGGGCGCGCGCCUCUGGACGGAGGGCGAGAAGCGGCAGCUGCUGAGCGCCGGCAGGGUGCAGGGCUACGACGGCUACUACGUGCUCUCGGUGGAGCAGUACCCCGAGCUGGCGGACAGCGCGGACAACGUCCAGUUCCUCCGCCAGAGCGAGAUCGGCCGGAGGUAA